CUAUCAUUAGGCCAACUGCCUAUGAACUGUAUACAACAAAUACCAUAUUUAAAUACAGGAGAAGGACUACGACUGUAGAGGGUAAUUGAAAUGUAUUUAUUGAAUACACAGCAGGAUAUGGAUCCCAACAUGAUGGCAUCGCAGGUUAUGGCACCUGCUCAAUUCUUCUACUGUAGCCCCGACCAAACAUUGGGCAACCGACAGCAUCGCCACUUAAGUCAACAACCUGCUAUGCAGCAUAUGUCAAUGUACCCUGUUGUGCCUACCCUCCCAUCAACCUUGGUCUAUUCAAAACCUAGUUCAUCUUGCUCGCAGCCGGCGACGCAGCCCAAGAUGCUGAGUGUCAUUCCCUCUAACUUGACACCGAUGGCUUCCCCCAAGCUUGCAUAUCAAGGGCCCACAAUCAUAUUGCAGAAUGGUGCUGCAAAGCUGAUGCUGGAGACCGAAAUGUACGACAACGAAAAUAGCUACUACCCAGCAACACCAGCUUUGUGUACUGCUGGUAGUCACGUUGGUUACCCUGGCAGCAGCGAUGACAUGCUCGCAACUCUCAUAAACCCUAUGUUCUCUGGCUUCGACGGAUUUGAAAAUGUUAAGCCUGAUGUGGUGGCAUUGCCUGAUGGUAUGGAGGCACAAAACUGGACAAAUUCUGUAUCGCCUCCCAUGACACCUAGCUACCUCUCGCAAUCCCAAACCGGGCCAAGCUCUGUCACAUCCGGGUGCAUCAACCCUCGCGAUAUCCUUAGUGUUAGCGGUGUAUCGACAACUAAGUUCACCUGCCUUGCAGCAAUUGAGCAAUUCAAGACGGACACCCUCAAGCCAACCGUGCUAGCCACUUUCGAGCUCAACCCUGUGCUUCACCACCGACUUCCCUCCUUUGACGAGCACUCUGAUCUUGAAUCUGAGGAAGAUGUCUUUAGCGGCAUCGUCAAUCUGCACAAGAAAUCUGCAAAGGACCUACAGCGAUCUCGUUCAGCUACUUGCUCCACAAUUUUGUUUCCUUUCGUUGGUGGGGUUGAAACCGCCUACGAGGACACCACAUCAGUUGCCGUUACCAGAAUUGCUACCCUUGGAAGCCCAUCAGAAGACGAAGCUCGCCCCGCCAAGAAAGCUGGCAGCGCCCCUCAGCAACAAUCUGCAGCUGAGGAGGAGUCUUCGAAAGCUCAAACCGUCGAGAACUCAAACGCCACAGAUGCUGCCACACCUAACUUACCGACACCCGCCAAACGCCGCGGUCGCAAGCAGUCAUUGACGGAUGACCUUACCAAACCAUUUGUUUGCGAGCUGUGCAGUCGCCGUUUCCGUCGCCAGGAGCAUCUUAAGAGACACUAUCGAUCGCUUCACAUACAGGACAAGGCCUUUGAAUGCAGUGACUGUGGCAAGAAGUUCUCACGAAACGACAACCUCGUUCAACAUAUCCGUACUCACGGUGAUAGUACCAUUGUCACAAAUCUCAUUAACGACCCUGACCAUAACAGCUUCAGCAAGGUCCUGUUCCAGGUAGACAGUGAGGUCUCAGGCAGUAGUGGUAGCGAGUUCUCUUCAGAUGAGUCCAACGUUAGACUCAGUGGCAAGAGGCGCAAACGGUCUGCGUAGAAGCUUCUCAAAUCAGCCUCACACGAGAUAUAAUCAUUUCCAAGAAUCAGCAAUCUGUGCCGCUUACACUCGACAUUCACGCAUUGAUCGACUCCAG